AUGAAUCAUUGUAUUGUGAGCCUACUUGGUCAACAAACUGAAAAUCAACGUUAUUGGCGUUUGGGAACAAUGACAUGUAUUCGAUUUGACUUUUACCUGGAACAUCCUCAACUAAUAUUACUUACGCGUAUAUUUCUCAUUAUAAGCCUUUUCCUUCUACGUUUUAUGUGUUUUGUUAUUGGUGCUUCAUGUUCAUCUGGUUUUAAACCACAGUGUACAGCCUAUACGGUUAUUGCUGCUUUUGCUCUGUGUAAUUUUCUUCUUAUUACUAUUGUCGAAUUUAUCCACUUUUUUCGUUUAUGGACUUAUAAUCCGACAGAAACAAAAAAUACAACUGAAAGACACAGGUACGCUACUGUAUCCUCUUCUAAAACAAUAGAAAAACCACAUCGAUGUCAUCUUCGUUUUAUUCAUCAUUCAAUGGUCAAUGAUCAAAAUGCAUCUGGAUAUCGACAAUCACUUUGUUCGAAAGGGGCUGAAUGUCAAUCAGAAAGUCUUCAUCAUCAAUUAAUCUAUCAUUCACUUAAAUCAGCACGUCAAGUUUCAAAUAUAUUUAAUAAUAGCGAUGUACAGAAAACUAUUAUUGCAUUUUAUGAAACAACAAUAGAAAAUAUGUUUAAAAUUGUUGAAAAUGGCCUUCCGUGUGGAAAUAAUUUACAACUUCAACAAGGCAUCUAUUUUACGACAUCGAUUACGUCAAAUUUAGAGCCUGAGAAAGGUAUUCUAUGUGCUCGCAUUAAUUUGGGUCGAUUAAAAAUGAUCAAAGAAGCUCCUGUAAAUUUAAAUCAAUAUUUUCAAGGUGCUGGUGGCUUACAUGACACAGUCUAUAUUGAAAAUCUUGCGAGAUUUUAUCUUCGAAUGCCAGGACAAAUCGAAAAAUGGAUCGUCAUGAUUUCUAGCGGUACUAAAGUAAAUGAUGAACUCGAUAGUAAUUAUUAUGUAGGCUGCUUUUCUUAG